CGUCCACACAUCAAAAUGUUUGUAAGGGUCUCAUCUCUUUCAAUCAGACCGUUACGAACGAAAAGAAAAGAAGCAAUAAGCUUUGCGAGAAGACGACAUAGUGCCAAAAAAAAACAAAAACCUUGAAUCAAGAUUUUGAUCCAUCCAUAAUGGAGGAUACGAUUUCAAACCCUAGUAUGGAACCUCUGUUAUUCUCCGUCGAUCCAAUGUCUCUCUUACUUUCUCAAAACAAUCUCUGCGUAUUCGAGAGAGGACCCAGAUACAGAGAAUACGCGACACUGCGAGAAUCGAAGCUUCGACUUAAGAGGGAGUACGAGAAGAUACUCAAGGAAGAAGAAGAGAGGUUCUUCCGCGGAGACAAGAAACAAACGAGAAUCGGCUUUACAAGACAAGAUGAAAUCAAAGUUUCGCCGGCGAAGAAGAGAUUUGGGUUUAACUAUGUUCCGGCGAACCCUAAUCCGCGUAGAAUGUCGUCGUCGUCAUCGUCUUCGUCUUCGUUGGCCCAAUCGGUUCCUGAUUUCUCCGCCAUGAUUCGCAAGGAAAAUCGCCGUCCGGCUAACUCGAACUUGCUCCCACGGAGGACGGAUCUCACUCCGCCGCCGCCGUCUAAGAGCAGAACCGCCUCUGUUUUCUCCGGAUCGGUUUCUUCCAUUAGAGGAAGCAUAUCGGCGAGUGCGGGAGAGAAGAAAAGCAAAGGGAUCAAUGCGCGUAAGAGCUACGCCACCGUCGAAGAUCUUAAGAAAAUCUCCACCGCCGCAGCUUCAGCCAUUAAUGGCAACGGAAGGAAGUCACUCGGCGGCGGCGGAGGCGGAGGAGGAGGGAGGAGGAAAUCAGUCAGCGGUGGUGGUGGUGGUCGGACUAUUCUAGGUUACAGACAAACUUAAUGUCC